CACCCACACCUGCCUGCUGCUGCUCCACCUCCUCUCAGCAGCAGCAGCACGAGCACGAGCACUAGCAGCACGAGCUCCACAUUUUAACCAGCUCUCUCAUUACAGACACUCACAGGUGAGCAGAGGAGGACAUGAAGAGCACUGGGAAACUGCUGACCACCUUUCUGAUGGGAGCGAUGCGGCUGCAGAAGAAGAGAGCGGUUUUCUGUGUGAUUUUAAUCACGGGAGCUGUUUUGAUGUAUAACUGGACGGCGAGUGAAUCGACUGUGCUUGAUGUUCAGCAAAGACUGGACUCCAUGGAGAAACUGGUGGAGAGGAGUUUCCAGCACCUGGAGAACAGUUACAGCAGUGUUCCCUACAGCCUGAAGGAGCACAGGGCAGGACCCCAGGCCAGAAAUGGAUGCGUAUGUGAAGGAGAUCCACAGGGUAUUAAAGUUCCUCUGGCGGAUGUCCUCUUUUCUCGGGUUUCAGCUGAGGAAUUAAAGUUUGCAUUUAGACCCUCAGAGCUGGAGGAGGUAAAGAAGCGACGACAGCACGAGUUUAACAACUUACGCAAAAGGACUCAGUCAGCAGCAGACCUGCUCAUUGUGGCUAAACCCAACAGCCCACUUCAGUACCCCACCCAGGGCGUUUCUGUCCGACCUAAAAAGUCUGUGGUAAUUCCAGGUUUGGCUCUGAAACAGAAGUCGAAAAGCCUUUAUUCGGUGAAUUUAACUGCCAUUAUGGGAACAUUUGAUGUGUCUGGGGUGGUGAACAGUGUCAGGGUGAGGGGUGAAGGAUCGUCUCAUAUAGAAAUCUCCAGCAGAGCGCUGCCUGCUCUCAACCGACAGCUGCAGUUCAUCACCUACACCAACACCAUCUUCCACCCCAACACUGCAGACGUAGUCCAAUUUGGUACAGAUGGAUUCCAGGCGGCCUUUACCAUUAAAAUUCGACAUGAAGUUCCUCCUAAGCUCUACGAUCCCGGACCUUCUGCAGAAUACAACAUAAGUGCCCUGGUCUCCAUUGCCACCAAAACAUUUCUGCGUUAUGAUAAACUUCAGGAUCUGAUUGUCAGCAUUCGGCAGUUCUACCCCACCGUCACUAUAAUUAUAGCUGAUGACAGCGAGCACCCUCAGCCUGUGACAGGACCCUACAUCGAGCAUUACACCAUGCCUUUUGGGAAGGGGUGGUUCGCUGGGCGUAACCUGGCCAUCUCUCAGGUCACCACUAAAUACGUGCUGUGGGUGGAUGAUGACUUCAUCUUCACCUCCAACACCAAGCUGGAGAAGAUGGUGGAGGUUCUUGAGAGCACUACUUUAGAUCUGGUAGGAGGAGCAGUGCGGGAGGUAACGGGCUACACCGCCACCUAUAGACACACCAUCUCCUCUGAAGAUGGAGGAGAGGAGGGGGACUGUUUACACAUGAGGAGAGGCUAUCACCACAUCAUUGAGGGCUUCCCUAACUGUGUGGUCGCUGAUGCGGUCAUUAACUUCUUCAUGGCUCACACUGAGAAGGUGCGGCAAGUUGGAUUUGACCCUCGCCUGGCUCGGGUUGCACAUCUAGAGUUUUUCGUUGAUGGUCUUGGCUCUCUCCACAUUGGUUCCUGUGACGACAUCAUAGUCAGCCACGCCUCCAAGAUCAAAGGGAUGUUGCCGUGGGGACAGUCUAAGACUGAUAAAGAAUACUCCAAGUUCCGCUAUCCGGCUCAGUCCAGCACUCAGAACGCCAUGUUCUACUUCAAAAACCAUUUCAAAUGCAUGACCAGCAACUGAGCACGAUAAAGCUCUGCUCUGCAGGAGCUGCAGCGUUUUAUUUAGAUCCUCACUCAGGCACUCAGUGGAUCAGUUUUAAUAAUGAUAGUGAGGAGGAUCGUGAUGAAGAUGCACAGACAGACGGACCAAGUGCCUUGUGGAAGCUGCACUCGUCUACCUGAAGAAUUCAGCUGCACUUAAUACUCAGGAACCUGAAGUACGAAACUAGAACUCUGGAGAAUCCAGUUUCAUCCUGUUUACACUUUGUCUGCCUAAAGUCUUUUUUUUUUUAGAUGUUCAGAUUCAGAUGAUAUGAGUGACUUUUCUGCACUGGAAUUAUUAUUUAUGAUAAAGCAGUUUGCAGUAAUUUGCACUGUAAGUUAAGCACUUCUUUAUAUAUAUAUAUAUAUA